GAUAGUCAAGACACAAUGAUAAGAAGGGAUAUUUCGAAGCCGGGUGGAAAUUUAGUGCCUCAAAGAAGAAUGUCAAGGAGCUGGAAUGAAGGCAAGGAUAAGGGACAGAGGAGACCCAGUGUGAGAUUUACGAAAGAAUCUUUCGAUAAUGAACUUGAGGUUGAAAAAUCGAAGAAAAAACGAAGACGAAAAAGUGAUGUGGCUUAUCGUCAGGAGGAAAUUUAUACCGAUAAGGAUCGUGCGGCUGCUGUAAAUAUGGGCAGUAGGGAUAUUAAACAAUCCUUGAAGAUGAAAAGAAGACAAGAUCGAAGUAGGGAUCUACAAAUUCCUGAAGAAGCUGAACCUAGUUCGAUGCUGGCUUUGGGAAAUCGAGAAAUGAGAUGUGGAAAUCUUAAGAUUGCUCUUAACUGCAUUAAUAAGGCACUAGAACUUAGCCCUAAUGAUAAAAAUGCAUUAAUUGCACGAAGUAAAUGUUAUUUGUUACUUGGAGAGCCUCAGAAAGCUUUGCAAGAUGCAGAAGCAGCUAUAAGGGGAAAAUUAAAGGAUCCUAAAAAUGCAAGAGCAAUUUACUACAAGGCUGAGGCCCUUUAUCAUCUCGGUGACUUCGAACUCAGUCUUGUAUUUUAUUACCGAGGAAUGAGAAUUCGCCCUGAAUUCGAUCAGUUUCGACUUGGCGUGCAAAAGGCGAAAGAAGCUAUACAAAAUAUUCUCGGAAAGAAUGCAAUACCGAUUUCCAAUCACGUACAAACAAUAAGAUCGGGUUCUUCGACAGAAGGAUCUCAAAAAUCUUCGAGGCCAAAAACUUGCACUCCAUCUUCGAAAUCCUCAUUCACUGAAAAUAAUUCUUCGGGAAAAGAAUCAACAAUGAAUGAGAAGGUAAAAGAAAAAACACGAUCUCGUCCUUUAACUGCUAUAAAGAAGAGUUCUGAACCAAAUCUACUUGGAAAACUUAAUGUGGACAAAAUCUAUUUGCAGAAUCUCCUAAAGUGCCCAGAUUCCAAAAUGAACGACAACAUGUGUGGUAUAGAAAAUUUAAAACCCCGUUCCCGAAUUGCCGAAAAAGAAUCCGAAUUAGGCUUCGUCUACGGAGUUUCCGGACCAGUAGUUAUAGCAGAGCACAUGUCUGGAUCAGCGAUGUACGAAUUAGUUUACAUUGGAUACGAAAAAUUAAUCGGAGAAAUAAUUCGUCUUGAUAGAGAAACAGCCACAAUUCAGGUUUACGAAGACACAAAUGGACUGACAGUAGGAGAUCCAGUCAGAAGAAGUGGAAGACCUCUGUCUGUUGAGCUGGCACCAGGAAUCCUUGGAAACAUCUUCGAUGGCAUUCAACGUCCUCUCAAAGAAUUUGGAAGCAUCUCAAAAUCCAUUUUCAUCCCCAGAGGUUUAAAGACUCCUCCUUUGUCGAGAUCAACUACCUGGGAGUUUUCUCCACUCUGUUUUCGGAAAGGAAGUAUCAUUUCGGGAGGAGAUGUUUUUGGGGUUGUUUAUGAGAAUUCACUGAUAAAACACAGGAUCAUGAUGCCACCAAGAUGCUGUGGCAAGAUACGAUAUUUGGCACCUCGUGGAAAUUAUACUGUGGAUGAGGUUAUUAUGGAAACUGAAUAUGAGGGAAAAGUUAGUAGACAUGCUAUGAUGCAAAUGUGGCCUGUUCGACAAGCUAGACCUGUUUCUGAAAAAUUGGAGGCUAAUUACCCUUUGCUCACUGGUCAGAGGAUUUUGGAUGCUCUUUUCCCUUGCAUUCAGGGAGGGACCACUGCGAUUCCUGGGGCUUUUGGAUGUGGGAAGACUGUUAUUUCUCAGGCUCUUUCGAAAUAUUCGAACUCAGAUGUAAUCGUCAACGUGGGUUGUGGAGAACGUGGAAACGAAAUGUCUGAAGUCCUUAGAGAUUUUCCGGAACUAUCAGUAGAAAUUGAUGGAAAAGCAGAAUCGAUAAUGAAGAGGACAAUUCUAGUAGCCAAUACCUCCAAUAUGCCAGUUGCAGCUCGUGAAGCUUCAAUCUACACAGGAAUCACCCUUUCCGAAUAUUUUCGAGACAUGGGAUACAAUGUUUCAAUGAUGGCAGAUUCCACUUCUCGAUGGGCUGAGGCUCUUCGAGAAAUUAGUGGGCGUCUAGGUGAAAUGCCAGCAGAUUCUGGAUAUCCAGCUUACCUAGGAGCAAGAAUAUCCAGUUUUUACGAAAGAGCAGGAAGAGUGAAAUGUCUAGGAAGUCCCAAAAGAGAAGGGUCAGUCAGCAUAGUUGGGGCAGUUUCACCCCCAGGUGGAGAUUUUUCCGAUCCAGUCACCAGCGCCACUUUGGGAAUUGUCCAAGUAUUUUGGGGACUUGAUAAAAAAUUGGCUCAAAGAAAACAUUUUCCAGCUGUCCACUGGCUUGUCAGUUACAGCAAGUACCUGAAAUCCCUCGACGAUUUUUACGAAUCCCACUUUCCAGGGUUUGCCACCCUCAGAAGUCGAGCGCAAAAGCUUCUUCAAGAUGAGGAGGAAUUAAAUGAUAUUGUACAAUUAGUUGGAACAGCUUCCCUUACAGAAACUGACAAAGUUAUUCUGGAAGUUGCUAAACUUUUGAAGGAUGAUUUUCUUCAGCAGAAUGGAUAUUCAGUUUAUGAUAGGUUCUGCCCUUUUUAUAAGACUUUUGGAAUGCUGAGGAAUAUUAUUUCUUUUCAUGAUUUAGCGACUAGGGUUACUGAAGCCAAUUCAAGAAGAAAUAACAAAAUUACUUGGAAAAUUAUUAAGGAAACUAUGGGAGAAAUUAUCUAUCGAUUGAGUUCUAUGAAAUUUUUGGAUCCUUCAGGAGAUGGGGAGGAUUCUAUUAAUGAGGAGUAUGACCAACUGUAUGAGGACAUUCAAAGAGCUUUUGGAUUUUUAGAAGACUGAGAUUAUACGUUUUUAGGAAAGAACAGAAUUGAAAAAAAAUCAAAAAGGAGUUGGAGAAACACUGAGGCUAUAAGAAAGAUAUCAAAGCUGCGCAUCAGGAAUCUGCGAAGCAUAUCACUAUUCAUGCAGAAGAGGGAAUAGAGUUUUUAAAUUCCAGACAGGAAUUCUGGCGUCAGCAACGGGCUAGUCGUAUUUUUUCAUCUAAUCGGGUUAUUAAGUAAAAUAUAUUUGAUAUUAUUAUUUAAGUCCUCCUAGCCAUUUAUUAUUAUUCAAUAUCGAAUGUUAAGUCGAAUUAAUCCUAAAAAU